AUGUCUCGAGUGCCACAAAUCCAAUUUUCUGGACAGGAAAAACUUGUAGAUAAUCAUUUGUCUUGUUCAACUGAUUCAGAUUCUUCUACAAGUACAAGUUUCACCACAGAAGAUCAUUCAUCGUUCGCAUUGCUCGACUCUCGUCCCUUAAAUAACAGUGAUAAACCUCAACUAAUGUUAGCGACCGAACAAUCAAGUGUAGUUCAGCCAAUGUUGACUGAUCUCUAUCAACUGUCAAUGGCCUAUGCUUACUGGAAAUCAAACAAACACAAUGACAACGCCGUAUUUGAUUUAUAUUUUCGAAAAAAUCCAUUCGGCGGUGAAUACACAUUAUUUGCUGGCUUAGAAGAAUGUUUAAAAUUUGUUCGUGAUUAUAAGUUUCAUGAGAGUGAUAUUGUAUAUCUUCGCUCGGUUUCUCCAAAGUAUAUUGAAGACGAAUAUUAUGACUAUCUCGCCAAACUUAAUAUGCAUGAUGUGAGAGUAUAUGCAGUGCCUGAAGGAACUGUCGUAUUUCCUCGAAUUCCAUUGAUUCGUGUCGAAGGACCAAUUUUGAAAACGCAAUUAUUAGAAACCACGUUGUUAACUUUAGUUAACUAUGCAAGUUUAGUUGCAACAAAUGCUGCACGAUUUCGUUCAGCAACAAGUCCUGGUAAGGCCUUAUUAGAAUUCGGUUUACGUCGAGCCCAAGGUCCUGAUGGUGGUUUAAGUGCAUCGAAAUAUUGUUAUCUCGGCGGUUUCGAUGGUACAUCAAAUGUCUUAGCUGGCAAACUCUAUGACAUUCCAGUUAAAGGAACUCAUGCUCAUGCUUAUGUUAGUUCAUAUGAAUCCAUGAACGAUUUAACCGAACGGUGUUUAUGCGAUCGUAUUAGCAAAGAACGACGUCCAUUUGCUGAUAUGUGUGAACAGUAUUUGAAGGAAGUUGGAUCGAUCUUGAAAAUCAUUCCCGAACAAACAAAUAAAGGUGAAUUAGCUGCAUUUACGUCGUUUGCAAUUGCGUAUCCAACAAAUUUUUUGGCGUUGGUUGAUACUUACGAUGUUUUGAAAUCUGGUUUACCAAAUUUCUUAGCUGUUUCACGUGCAUUACACGAAUGCAACUAUCAAGCAGUUGGUUUACGUUUAGAUUCGGGCGAUUUGGCUUAUUUAUCCAUCGAAGUUCGAACCCGAUUUGUUACCGUAGCAAAGAAAUUUGAUAUACCUUAUUUCGAAAAGUUUAAUAUCGUCGCGAGCAAUGACAUCAAUGAAGAUACAUUAUUAUCUUUAGAAAAACAAAAUCAUAAGAUUGAUACAUUCGGCAUUGGAACACAUUUGGUGACAUGUCAAAGACAACCGGCUUUAGGUUGUGUUUAUAAAUUAGUUGAGCUCAAUGGAUCAGCUCGAAUUAAACUCAGUCAGGAUGUAGAGAAAGUAACAAUUCCAGGGCGGAAAAACCUUUAUCGAAUAUUCGGUAGUGAUGGUAAAGCUCUAUGUGAUUUAUUAACAAAAUUUGAUGAACCAUCACCAAACGAAGGCGAAAGAAUUCUCAUUCACCAUCCAUAUGCCGAUCAAAGGCGUGCGUAUGUCACACCGAACUCGUCUGUUAGUUUAUAUAAAUUAUAUUGGUCUGAUGGAAAAAUUCAAGAAGCUUUACCCAAUUUAAAAGAAAUUCGUGAAUAUGCAAAAGAUCAAUUAGAACAGUUACGAAAGGAUCAUAUUCGAGAUCUCAAUCCAACGCCAUACAAAGUCUCUUUAACGGCAGAAUUAUUUAAGUUUAUGCACGAUCUUUGGAUAGCAAAUGUUCCAAUCGGUGAACUUAAAUAA